UUGUAUGCCGUCGACCAACUUCGAUCCUGACAUUACUUUUAAGGUGUCUGUGGAUUUUUCGUCGUAGUUUGCCAUCGUAAGCUUUGGAUAGUGUCUUUCUUUUGUCAAAAUGCGUCUCAUCCAGAACAUGUCCACCAUCGCGGAGUACCCGAGCGCCGAGUGCCCGUCCAACCGGGUCAUAAAGAUCGCAGUGAUCGGCGGAAGUGGGGUCGGCAAAACCGCGCUGGUGGUUCGUUUCCUCACUAAGCGGUUCAUUGGUGACUACGAGAGAAACGUGGGCAACCUGUACUCAAGAGAAGUGCAGAUAGACGGAGAACAACUGGCCAUCCAAGUUCAAGACACACCUGGGGUUCAAGUGAACGCUAAUGGAUUGAGCUGCACUGACCAGAUGUCUCGCUCCAUUCAAUGGGCGGACGCCGUAGUUAUGGUGUAUUCCGUAACCGACUGCCGAAGCUUUGAUCUCAUUGGCCAGCUCCACCAGCUUGUUAUCCGCACCCAUACGGAUAGGUCCUUGCCAAUCAUCCUAGUGGCCAAUAAAGCUGAUCUUCUCCAUGUGAGGCGUGUGGAUGCUCAAGAAGGUCCCCUGCUGGCUUCAGCGCUGGGCUGCUCCUUCUACGAGGUGUCCGCCAGCGAGGACUACAGCCAGGUCCACGGUGCCUUCCAUAGACUGUGUGUGGAUCUGGCCAAGCAGCAGCCUCAGACCCCCAUCAAUGCAGCUUCAUCUGGAACAGAGAAGAAAAGAUCUCCCCUCAUUCCCAGGCCCAAAUCCCCCAACAUGCAAGACCUGAAGAGGCGCUUCAAACAGGUGCUGUCGGCCAAGGUCCGGACCGUCACUUCAGUGUGAAGAGGGUUUGAAUACCAGCAGGAUAAAGGGCACGAUUAAGAGAGAAAAUGCUCUAAGGAGAGGAGAUGAUCUUGAGAGCAGCAAUGCUGAAUGUAUAGAUCUCGCUCCUCUGACGUUCUUGAGAUCCGCUGAUGAUCAGCAGACCGGUUCCAAACAGAGGCCCCUGAAACUUGACCUGAUUGCGUCAUGGUCGCUGAAAAAAACGAAACGAAAAAACAAGCAGAGUCUGGUGAACACUUAAAUUUUCACAUGACCAUCUCAGUGCUGGUGGACUCUUGUGUUGCUGUCACUUAGUGGACCACAGCAGGAUUCUGGGAGACGUGGUCAUAGCGCCUUAAAGAGGGACAGUGCAAAGACUGAAUGGAACAGAUGGAGACUAAUAGAAACACUAUUGACAUUGCCUUACCUAUGAACCUUUAAGACACAAUUCUCUUGGUAACAGAGAUGGUGAAGACUGCAAAACAGACUAUUUUAAGAAUUGCUUUUGUGAAAGGCAUGGGAGAGAGGGAGGUUUUUUUUUUGUUCCUUCUUGUGGUCAAGGCUUUUACGGGCUGAAUGCAGGCAUUGUUAAAGGACAAGGCACUCAAGCUAAGCAUAGAGAGAGAGAGAGAGAGAGUGUGUAUCUCUUACAGCCUGCUCUUGUGUUCAAGGCCAGAAUGUUUCUCCUGGUUUUAUGUAAAACUGCUUUGUGCCACUUUUUUAUAGUGGAGUAGAAGAUUUUUUUUUUUUUUCUGUUUAAAUGCACUUUAAAAAAAGCCAAAGGGCUGAAGCUCAGAGUUAUUUAUUUAUGUUAUUUGAUUGUGAUUGGAAAUAAAGAGUUGUUUUUAAUAAAAUAAUUGUUUCAGAAUUU